GCGCAUUUUCCGGACUGCGAAGCUAAUGUCUAACGGACGAAGGAAACUUGACUAGCUUCCUGUUACAUGACACUUUUCCUUUGAGCACGAAGAGGUCUGAGUGAAGGCUGAAAGAUGGUCUGAUGGACCGCCGCUUCUUCCUGACCUUCCUCUUCUGCUCAGUGUCGUGGAUAUUCUUCUGGGAGGUACGCUGGAAGAAAGGAAAAGAGAGUCAGAUUCAGGAAUGGCUCCAAGGACAUAGCCUCUCUCAAUACAGGCACUUAUUUGAAGAUGUACAGACACUGGAGGAACUGAGUCUGAGUGUACUGAGUCGCCUGGAAGAGGUGGUGAAGGAACAGCAGCGCUGGAGGGAAAUUGCAGAGGCCCACAUCCAGCUGCUGCGAGACUUUGCCUUCCAGGAGUGGCUUUGCUCUCAGAACCUGGAGCACUAUUACCAUACACUGAAGACCUUGGGUUGCAUGAAUCUGGAUGAUCUGUCCCUUUUUGACAGUCAACUGCAGCUGUCUUUAGCUGCCUGGGGCUACUACUACGAAGACUACAUUAAGUUGUCCACAGGCAUCAAGAUCCUCCAGACUUCUAGGGGGAGUCGAGACCAGGACUACGAGAUCCGGCUGGUGCACAGCCUUGCUGAGAGGCGUCUGAAUGAGAAGUGGUCAAUUGCGGGAGCGCUCAUAUUUGGCUGUACUGUGGCACUGUGCUUCUUGAUAAGGGACCUCAUGUUUUACGUGAUUGGUGGAAUUACUGUUUCCAUCAUAGCGUUCGUCUUUACCAUCAAGUUCCUCUGUGAGCUUGCAGCGAGGGUUGUCAGCUUCCUGCAGAAUGAGGAUCCAGGUCGACGCGGUGACCGCAGCAUCUACGACUAUGUCCGGGGCAACUACCUGGACCCACGCUCCUGCAAGGUGUCAUGGGACUGGAAGGAACCGCAGGAAGUUGGGCAGACUAUGAGCUUCAGAGUCCAGCUGUUCUAUAAGAAUGGCCAACCUUUCCCGGCCCAUCGACCUGUGGGACUGAGGGUCAACAUCACCCACAUCGAAUUGGCUCUGGACAUCCCUGUUACACAGGAGGUUCUGCAAGAACCAGAGUCCAAUGUAGUCAAAGUAGCCUUCACAGUGCGCAAGGCUGGACGCUAUGAGGUUGCUGUCAAGCUGGGCGGCCUCAAUGUAGCCUACAGCCCUUAUUAUAAGAUAUUCCAGCCAGGUACAGUUGUCCCAUCCAAAACCAAGAUAGCCUACCAUUUCUCCACCCUGGUGCUAAUAAAUGGCCAGCAGCACACUUUGCAGAUUGAACCCAGGGAUGAGUAUGGAAACCCCACCAGCAACUCCACAUCUCUCACAGAUGAAGCCAACUACAGCGUCCAUGUGCACUCUCUGGGCACAGUGGAUGAUGACAGUUUGGAGGAGUACUACAGUAAGUCAGUUUCACUCAAUAAACAGCAGUGCCAGGUUCUGCUGAGACUGACCCUGAGGAAAACAGGCUGUUUCAGGGCCCGCAUCUCCUACAAGGACCAGCCGCUCAGCAACGGGGAAUUUGACAUAAUUGUUCUCAGUGAGAAUGAGAAAGCCUGUGUGGAGAAGAAUGUGUCCACUCCAGGCAUAAGUAUCUACUUUGAGGCAUACCUGUACAGCAGUGGGAACUACAGCAGUUCGUCGUGGCAGUUACCAGCCUCCUCUUUGCUGGCUCCCCAGCGGAGGCCCUCUAUGGGAGAAGAGGAGGAUGAGCAUGACUCUCCUGUGGAGGGACAACCUGAGAAGGUCAAGAAACCAAAAAAGGUCUACUGUUACAUAUCGCCAAAGCAACUAUCCGUGAAGGAGUUCUACCUGAAAAUAAUUCCGUGGCGCCUUUUCACCUUUCGAGUAUGUCCAGGAACAAAGUUUACCUAUUAUGGUCCUGAUCCGAUUCACAAGUAUCUAACUCUAGUGGUGGAUGAUGGGAUACAGCCUCCUGUGGAGCUCAGCUGCAAAGACAGGAACAUCAUGGCUGCCACCUUCAUUCGCUUCCUGCACAAGAACAUUGGUGGCUCUGAAACGUUCCAAGACAAGGUGAACUUCUUUCAGCGUGAACUCAGACACAUCCACUCCAAGAGACCUCGCACCAAGACCUGCCUAAAAAUCACUCGACACUCCAUUCUCGAUUCAUCCCUGAAGGCUACAAGGAACUUCUCAGUGUCAGACUGGAGUAAGAACUUUGAGGUUGUGUUUCAGGAUGAGGAAGCUUUGGACUGGGGCGGGCCUCGCAGGGAGUGGUUUGAGCUGAUUUGCAAGACCCUCUUUGACACUUCCAACCAGCUGUUCACGCGCUUCAGCGACAACAACCAGGGUCUUGUGCACCCAAAUGCUGACAGGCCGCCCCACCUGCGUCUGAAGAUGUACGAGUUUGCGGGCCGUGUGGUAGGGAAGUGCCUGUAUGAGUCUGCCCUGGGUGGGGCCUACAAACAGCUGGUCCGAGCUCGCUUUACACGUUCCUUCUUGGCACAGAUCAUUGGCCUAAGGAUGAACUACAAGUACUUUGAGACUGACGACCAGGAGUUCUACAAAACUAAAGUCUGCUUCAUCCUAAACAAUGACGUGAGUGAAAUGGACCUGGUGUUUGCCGAGGAGAAGUACAGCAAGUCAGGACAGCUGGAGAAGGUGGUAGAGCUGAUAUCAGGGGGAGCUCAGAUCGCUGUCACCAAUGAAAACAAGAUGCAUUAUCUCAACCUGCUGGCACAGUACAGACUGGCCAGCCAGGUGAGAGAUGAGGUGGAACACUUCCUGAAAGGUUUGAACGAACUGGUUCCAGAAAACCUGCUAGCCAUAUUUGAUGAGAAUGAGUUGGAGCUGUUGAUGUGUGGCACCGGUGAUAUAAAUGUGCAGGACUUCAAGGCUCACGCCGUGAUUGUCGGAGGAUCAUGGCACUUCAGAGAGAAAGUGAUGAAGUGGUUCUGGGCUGUGGUGUCCAGCUUCACCCAGGAGGAGCUGGCGCGUCUGCUGCAGUUCACCACAGGCUCCUCUCAGCUUCCACCUGGGGGAUUCAACACUCUUUGCCCCUCCUUCCAGAUCAUUGCCGCCCCCACACACAGCACCUUGCCCACUGCACACACCUGUUUUAACCAGCUGUGCCUCCCUACCUACGACUCCUAUGAGGAGCUGCACAAGAUGCUGAAGCUGGCCAUCAGUGAGGGCAGUGAAGGCUUCGGCAUGCUCUAACUGCUCCAUCACUGACACUGUGGUUCCACUCGCACAAGAGGAGACCAGCACCGGCCUCUUCAGCGCACCAGUUCCUUGCAUUCAUCUGCAUUUAACAGUUGGGCCCAGACUCCCUAUAAGUACUCUCUCUCAGGAUGAGAGGGCAUUACAGGAAGUUGAGAAGGCUGAAUUGGAAUCAGGACUUGAUCAUAUGAACUAUAGUACUACUGUAUAUAUAAUAAAAUAUCUCGUUUUUGUAAAAAAAAAAAAAGAAAAAAAGAAAAAAAAGAAGAAAAAAAAGGAGACUACGGACUGCUGGAAAAGGUGAGGUUUGGGCUAAUUUUAUUUCUUAAAGCUAAAAGUUUGCUAAGUUUUAUAUGUUUGAAAGACACAGGAUGCUAGAGCAAAGGCCUUGAGUAUUACUGUAUAAUCGCUUAUUUUGCAAUUUGCAAACUGAGGAACACUUAAGUGCAACAGCAGCCUACAUGUGAUGUGGGUGACAUGCAUCUACAGCACUUUGGCCUUAAUCGAUCAGGGACUGAUGUUUGUAUGUAAAUAUCUAAUAUCACUCUUUUAUUUCAAUACUUGUACAUACUAGUGUGUAUACAUACCUUUUCAUCUUGUUACUUUUUGAUUUGAUGUUCAAUGAGAGGGGAUUUCUUUAUUGUUGCACGUUUUGAUGGGUUGAGAGUUUAUAUAAUUUCUAUAAGCUUUUUUGUUUUCUGGUAGAGAUGAAUGGGUUUUAAAAAGAAGCCAAGUAAUUUCUAUUGUUUGUACAUGUUUUUAACUUAUUGUGUCUUGAAAAAAUAUUUGUGUUGACCCAUACUGUUGAAGCUGUUUAUCUGGAGCGGUAAAUGAUUUUGUUGUUUUAUAA